UGUGUGUAGGCGUGCACGUGACAUGGUGCUUAUGUGGCGGUUUUGGAAGUCAGUUCUCUCUUUCUGCUCUGCAGGUCUUGGGAAUCAAACUGAGGCCCUGAGGCUUGGCAGCAGGUGUCUUUACCCACCGAGCCGUCCAGCUGCCCUGAACUUGCUGUUUUUGUUGUUGUUUGAAUUGUUUUGUGUACAGGUGCUUUGCUUGAAUGUCCGUGCACCACAUGCAUGCAGUUCUGUUGUGGAGCAGAAGAGGGUGUCAUGUCUCUUGGAACUGGAGUUGAAGACACUUGUGAGCUGUCAUGUGGGUGCUGGGGAUGGAACCUGGGUCUUCAGGAAGAAGCGGUUAUGUAGCCUGACCCUGAAGAAACUGGCAGUGCUCCGGGAGCUGGAGAAGGAGCUCCUGUCCGUGGUGAUUGCUGUCAAGAUGCAGGGUUCCAAGCGUGUCCUGAGAUCACACGAGAUUGUGCUGCCUCCCAGUGGACAGGUGGAAACUGACCUUGCUCUGACCUUCUCUCUCCAGUACCCCCACUUCCUGAAGAGAGAAGGCAACAAGCUCCAGAUCAUGCUGCAGCGCAGAAAGCGGUACAAGAACAGAACAAUCCUGGGCUAUAAAACGUUGGCUGCAGGCUCCAUCAACAUGGCUGAGGUAAUGCAGCACCCCUCCGAGGGUGGCCAGGUGCUGAGCCUCUGCAGCAGCAUCAAAGAGGCCUCUGUCAAGGUGGCUGAGAUCUGGAUCGUCUCCCUGUCCAGCCAGCCCAUCGACCAUGAGGAUAGUGCAAUGCAGGCUGGCCCCAAGGUCAAAUCCACAGAUAACUACUCUGAGGAGGAGUAUGAGAGCUUUUCCUCUGAGCAAGAAGCCAGCGAUGAUGCUGUACAAGGGCAGGAUCUUGAUGAGGAUGACUUUGAUGUGGGAAAACCCAAGAAGCAGCGGCGCUCGAUAGUAAGAACGACGUCCAUGACCAGGCAGCAGAACUUCAAGCAGAAGGUGGUGGCGCUACUGCGCAGGUUUAAAGUGUCAGAGGAGGUUUUAGAUUCGGAGCAGGACCCUGCAGAACAUGUUCCUGAGGUGGAGGAGGACCUGGAUCUUCUGUAUGACACACUGGACGUGGAGAACCCCAGCGACAGUGGCCCUGACAUGGACGAUGAUGACAGUGUCCUUAGCACCCCCAAGCCCAAGCUAAGGCCAUACUUCGAAGGCCUGUCACACUCCAGCUCACAGACAGAGAUAGGGAGCAUCCACAGUGCCCGGAGCCACAGGGAGCCUCCAAGCCCGGCUGAUGUACCUGAGAAGAUGAGAUCCCUGGGAGGCCAGCAGCCAAGUGACAGCAUCUCUGACACGGUAGCCCUUAGUUCACCAGCCCCUCGGGAGCCAUCAGGGCAACCUGAUGAUAGUCCAGAGGCUGAGACGUCUACCCUGGAUGUGUUCACUGAGAAGCUGCCACCCAGCGGAAGAAUCACCAAGACUGAGUCUCUUGUCAUCCCCUCCACCAGCAGGUCAGAGGCAAAGCCAGCUGGCCGCCGGGGCCGGAGCACAUCCCUGAAGGAGCGGCAGCCAGCUCGACCGCAGAAUGAGCGGGCCAACAGCCUGGACAAUGAGCGCUGUCCCGACACGCGGAGCCAGCUGCAGAUUCCCAGGAAAACUGUGUAUGACCAACUGAACCACAUCCUCAUCUCUGAUGACCAACUCCCCGAGAAUAUCAUUCUUGUCAAUACCUCUGACUGGCAGGGACAGUUCCUCUCAGAUGUCCUACAGAAGCAUACACUUCCUGUGGUAUGCACAUGCUCUGCUGCUGAUGUGCAGGCUGCCUUCAGCACCAUUGUCUCUCGGAUACAGCGAUACUGCAACUGCAAUUCUCAGCCACCAACCCCUGUGAAGAUCGCUGUGGCGGGAGCACAGCAUUACCUCAGCGCCAUCCUGCGGCUCUUCGUGGAGCAGCUGUCUCACAAGACGCCUGACUGGCUCGGCUACAUGCGCUUCCUCAUCAUCCCCCUGGGCUCCCACCCUGUGGCCAGGUACCUGGGCUCUGUGGACUACCGCUACAACAACUUCUUCCAGGAUCUGGCCUGGAGAGACCUGUUCAACAAGCUGGAAGCCCAGAGCAGUGUGCAGGACACACCAGACAUCGUGUCACGCAUCACCCAGUACAUCUCAGGAGCCAACUGUGCUCACCAGCUGCCCAUCGCAGAGGCUAUGCUGACCUACAAGCAGAAGAGGAAAAAGCACUUUCACUUUGACUUUACCCUGAGCCCUGAUGAAGAAUCCUCUCAGAGGUUCAUUCCCUUUGUUGGGGUUGUGAAGGUUGGAAUUGUGGAGCCAUCUUCAGCCACAUCAGGAGACUCGGACGAUGCGGCCCCCUCGGGCUCCAGUGUGCUCUCUUCCACCCCACCGUCUGUGUCUAUAUCUCCUGCGGCCAAGGAGGCUUCACCUACUCCACCCUCCUCCCCUUCAGUGAGCGGAGGCCUGUCCUCCCCCAGCCAGGGCAUCGGCGCCGAGCUCAUGGGGCUGCAGGUGGACUACUGGACGGCAGCACAGCCCGCGGACAGGAAGAGAGAUGCUGAGAAGAAGGACUUGCCCACCACCAAAAACACGCUCAAGUGCACUUUCCGGUCCCUCCAGGUCAGCAGGCUGCCCAGCAGUGGCGAGGCUGCAGCCACACCCACCAUGUCCAUGACUGUGGUCACCAAGGAGAAGAACAAGAAGGUGAUGUUUUUGCCCAAGAAAACCAAGGACAAGGAUGUGGAAUCUAAAAGCCAGUGCAUCGAAGGCAUCAGCCGGCUGAUCUGCACAGCUAAGCACCAACAGAACAUGCUUCGGGUCCUCAUCGAUGGCGUGGAAUGCAGCGAUGUCAAGUUCUUCCAGCUGGCUGCCCAGUGGUCUUCCCAUGUGAAGCACUUCCCUAUCUGCAUCUUUGGACACUCCAAGGCCACCUUCUAGCCCUACCCACGGAAGGGCUGACACAGGACAGUGGAGGGGCCCAUGUCCUGCUCUGUGUCAGCUAUCAAUGGAGGGACACUGUGUGUCUGUUAACGUGUGGUUACUACAGAGACAGACUCUUCAAAACACAAAGAAACAGUCUUAAGUAUGAAUGUGCUCACAGCCCAGAACUAAGGGGAAGCUAGCUCCCUGUGGGCUACCGAGUAACUUCGCUCUGCUUAUUAACCAGAAUAUGUGGGCAGUGGAAAGGCUGGUAAGAAGGGAGGUGAGCUGUGGUCUCAUGAAACCCCAGGACCACAAGCAAGAAGUGUUCUUGUCUUUGUGUCCUGUCCUUCCCUGAAGUCCGGAUUCUACUUUCUUGGGGACUAGGGAGCAGGGUACAGGCUUUGGAGUUUAGUGGCCAAAAGCUGAGGGUGAAGGACGUGUUUGGUCUCCUAGCAUGGGAUGUCGACAGGCCCCAAGCAGUCCCAUGUGUGGUUCCCAAUAAACUCCAGCCUCAUGGCGGAGGUUUUACAGUA